GACUGUGAAUGGAAUUUUUGGGCUUUGUAGCGAUCAGAGCGCAAUCUGUUGCGAUCCUUAUCACUUACAAAUUUCCAGCUCGAAUUGUGACCAUAACCGGGUAAUAACAAUUUAUUUAUUGGCUGCCCGUUUGCCUUUUUCACUCAGCCUUUUUGUUGUGCAUUUGCUAUCGUUUUGUAAAGAUUAUCUUGACGAUCGGCGAGUGUCCGAAUAAGGCAAAACGUCGCAUUUUAAAUGGUUUUCUAAACGGUUUGCGAUUUGUUUUUUGUUUUUUAUUUUGAUUAGCCUUUACAUGCUCGGAGAGAAGUCACGAUUUCUCAUGAGACUUGUCCUUAAGAUGCUUGAUAGAUUAAUAAAGUGCAUGGAAAAACGAUCUUCAGAGUAGAAUGAAAUCAUUUAAUGUGGAUUUAUAUAUACUAACUUUGUGUCUCUGAACUAUACCGCUUCGGUGUGACACUUCUUAAUGUUUAAUUUAAAUUAUGUUUGAUCUAAUCUCAUGAUGUUCGAACUGAGUAGGCUAAAGUGUAUGUUCGUGUAAGCAACUAUUAAUUGGUUUCUGUUUUCAAUAUCUGACCUUAAAAGUAGGCUCUGGCUUAACUAUCUUUUAUAUUAACGACUUAUUAUUCGUCGUGCAAUCAACUUGCUCGACUGAACUGUUCCAAACUCGUAAAGUCAAAAACCAUGACGCAGUACGACCGGGAGCCGUGUCCCUUUCGCAUAAUCGAAGAUUGUGGCGGAGCCUUUGCCAUGGGCGCCCUGGGCGGAGGAGCCUUCCAGGCGAUCAAGGGGUUUCGCAACGCUCCCUCCGGAAUAAUACACCGAUUGAGCGGUGGUUUGGCAGCAGUUCGGGCCAGAUCCGCCUUGGUGGGCGGGAACUUUGCAGUGUGGGGCGCUACCUUCAGUGCCAUUGACUGCACCCUGAUCUAUUACCGGAAGAUGGAGGACCCGUGGAACUCGAUAAUUAGUGGGGCGGCCACCGGAGGCGUUCUGGCUGCACGAGGAGGAUUAACCUCCAUGCUGAGCAGCGCCCUGGUGGGCGGCGUCCUUUUGGCCCUGAUCGAGGGCGUGGGCAUUAUGGUGUCCCAUUAUUCGGCAGAUUCCUAUCGCCAGGUGUCGGUCGUGGACCGGUAUGAGCUCUACAAGCAGCACCAAACGAGCCUUUCUCCGUUUGGCCAGGAAUUCGCAGAGGUCGAUCCGUCGUCAUUGUAGAACUCUUCGCUGCGUCAUCGCCUAGUCGUGGCAAUCCAUCCGCGAUCCGUGGAUCGCCGAUCGCCGAUCGCCAAUCGCAUACCAAUUCAACACUACUCGUAGAUUGCUUUGAUUGUUCAACGACAACGCCUCCAAAUCUGAGACUGGCGGCAUUCCGACUUCAAUUUAAAUUCAAUUGUCGUACACUGCAAGUUUUAGAAUCAUUAAUAUAUUUUCCUUUUCGUUU